UACAAGAGCUUGCUAAGCGCUCAAUGAGCGGCCAUAAUAUUAGUCACAUUCAACAGAAAAAGCUACUUAGUAAAUACUUAGUGAUUAUUACUUAUGAUUGAGGUAUUAUUUUAAACUUUUGACAGAUCCAAGAAAACGAAUCAAUCAAGAACAAUAAUCACUAAGUGCUUAGUAAGCAGCUUUUCCUGUUGAACGCAGCCGAUGAGUGAAUAUUAUGUCAAUGAGAUAACAAAAACACUUAAAUUUGUUUGAAAUGAAUCUGGAUAAUCAUAAUGAUUGUAACAAUGACUAUGAUGAUGAUAAACCCAAAACACCACUAGAAGAGGAUUGUUGUGGUAAUGGUUGUGUACCAUGUGUCUUUGAUGUUCACAAAAAACUAUUAAAUGAAUGGGAAAGUAGAAAGGCACAAAAUGUAAAAGUUAAAACAAGUAGUAAUUUAUUGUCUCUUUUAUCCUAUAAACCAUUUGUUAUUACGGAUAUAUGUAAAACUUCGGAAGACUAUAUUUUACUUCAUUUAGAAUAUAAAGAGAGUAAAAUACAAAAUGGUGUGAGUUUACAUCUUAUACCUGGCCAAUAUGUUAUGCUACAUUCUUGGUGCAUGUCUCGACCAUACACACCGAUUUCAUGGACUAGAAGAAGUUUGAUUCUUCUGAUAAAGGUAUAUAAACAAGGCAAAUUUAGUACAUGCUUAAGAGAUGUACCACUGGGUAGUAUAAUUGAUAUUAGAGGUCCAUAUGGAGAUUUUAAAUAUGAAAAUAACAGUUUUCAACAGAUCAUCAUGUUCAGCAUUGGCUCAGGGAUAGCUGCACUUUAUCCUAUUGCAAAAACAAUUAUUGAUGACGAAACAGAAUUAACAAAAAUACACCUCAUUGCGGGAUUUCAAUCUAUCAUACAUGUUCCUUUAAAAAAAGAGUUGAGAUAUCUAACAGAUUAUUGGAAUUUUAAAUGUACAUUACAACUGUCACAAUCAAAUGAGGAGACAAUUGGUCCUCAUGGUCUCAAUAUAAAAAUCGGUCGUUUGAAUAAAUUAGUUGUUGCUAGUUAUUUUCAAUGUAAUGAUAUAGAGACAACAUUGAUUUUAAUAUGUGGGACUUCAGAGUUUAAUCAAUCUAUGAAAGAAUGGAUCCAAGAAAUGAAUUAUACUCACAUGUAUAUAUUUGAAUAA